AUGGCCUCGAUUCAUUUCUUGAUUGCAGUCACCAUUGUUGCAGCAGUUGUUGCUCCAACUCUUGCAAAAGAAUUUAUGGUUGGAGAUGAGAAGGGUUGGACAAACAAUUUUGAUUACCAAGCCUGGGCUGCAGGGAAAGAAUUCCAUGUCGGGGACAAACUCAUUUUUAAAUACCCACAGGGAGUACACAAUGUUUAUAAGGUGGAUGGAACUGCCUUCCAAUUGUGUGAACCCCCAGCUACCAUUGAGCCUCUAACUACUGGAAAUGAUGUGAUUACCCUUAGCACACCAGGGAGAAAAUGGUACCUCUGCGGCGUUGGCAGCCAUUGUGUGUCUGGAAACCAGAAGCUCGCCAUAACUGUUUUACCUCAGGUGGGAAUGGGAACUCUGGCUCCUGCAACUGCUCCUACCACGCCCACUUCAGCAGCCAGUGGAAUCGUUCCAUCUCGAUAUUUUGGGUUGAUCGUCACUGCAUUUGGUGUGAUCAGGAUGAUCAAGUUCUAAGGGUUGGACUAGAUUUUACAUAGUCG